AUGGAGACUGAAAUGCCAUUGACCACUACCAAUGUGGAUGACAAGCUUUUCAUGGGAGAGGUCGACAUGGGUGAUCAGCAGAGAGUUAAUGAUGAAGAUAACAGUCAGACAGAAGACUCCGAAGAAGAAGGCAAGUUCAACUUUAGUGUACUUGCUGACUACAGUAUUGAAUCGACUGUGCCACCUCAUGACUUUGAUUCUCCCUACAGUAAACUUCCUCAAAAUGUGAAGAUGGAUAAAGUAAAAGAAUAUGUAUACAAUUCCCUAAAAAUCAAAAGCGAGAAGAAGAAGGAACGAUUCAAACAAUUAUUUGAAAUCGAGCACGUUGACGCCAUAAUCUCUGAUUCCUUCUGGUACGUUAUAUGCCGAGUGUUCAAGCCAGAUCAAUACAUCCAUCAUGAAGAGUUUUUCCUUGAUAGAAUAGCUGCCAAUUAUGUUUCCUUCACUCUUCAUGAUGAAUUCAUGGGAGAUGCUGAUGAUACUUCAAAGAAGGGUAGCGAGAGUAAAAAUAGGCAUUAUAAGAAGUUAAGCGAGAAAGACUCUUUCUUCAAAAAUUUCUAUAACCACAUUGCCCAGAGCGUAUUUUCUAGUCUAUUUUUGGCAUAUCCAAAAUCAAGGAGUAAGCUAAAGGAGGAUGUCAGAAGAAAUUUGUUGGACAUCUUCAGUGAGCUCUUCACAGGUACCCAAAUAAAAUCCGCUUCUUAUGAUCACUGGAAGUGCGAAAGUGGCUCUGCCAAUGUGCUUGCUGGAGGUCCAAAAGAGACGACUAAAUCUGACAAGCCACUCACACUGGCUGAUGUUAAGAAGGUCAAGAAUGCAGGUCGAACCAAGCGCGAUUUAGUCCAUAUGAAAUAUUCUCCUUUAGUUGAGCGGUACCUCAAGUCUCACAAGUACGAAACUAUGAACAAUGUUCGGGGAUGGAAAAUGCUAUUGACUCAGAGAACAGGUAUCCAAAAGGAAAUUGAUGAGAAAUUCGAAAAAUAUAGACAAAUAGCUGACCAGAUCGUUGAAGAAAAGAAUAUCAUUGCCAAGGAAUACGCUGAUUUCGCAGAAGAGAUUGCAAAGAAGAAGGCCAAGAACGAAGCUGAAGCCAAAAGGCAUAUUGAUACACUCAAGAAGAAGAGCAAAGAGUUAAUGGAGAAUGGAUGUGCUGAGUAUGCUAACAUGUUGGUUUCUCUAUUCAAUUACGAAUAUGGAGGCAAUAAUGAUUAA